AUGCAGAAACGAGAAGGAGGCGUUGGGAUGGGUAAUAGGAAGCGUGAAGAAGCAGGCUUGAUUGAGCGCCUAGCUGGCUGUAGUGGAACGAACUGGAGUGUGUCUAGCAUCUUGAACGAGGUUUUGCCGGAGCAAAGACAUUUAUAUGCGGCACGAUACUUGCUGGAGCCCAGGCUGCAAACAGAUAAAACUAUUGACAACAAGAAGCACUGGACAACGAAUACUGAAGACAAAGUCAAGCGCAACAUAUCGGUGGCUCCGUUACGAGCACCCCCUCACUCUUCGAUGGGAUCGUCACGGGUUGAUGCAUCGAUGAUGCAACCUCUCGUACUGUCUUCUGACAACAGCACGGGCGUGUAUACACCGACAAAUAGCUUACGAGGGCAUAUGCUUACGAUCUGGGAGGACAAAUUUCGCUUUAAGUGUUUGGCAGUGGAAGAUAUUAUGUUUUUGCUUGCACACCCAAGUGUGGCUGACACGCUUGAAAGCGCGAGUUUUCUAAGAGAAGCUAAUCUAACCUAUGACCAAGUCAUGGAGCUAGAGAUGGCUCUUGUCAUGCUUUUUGGCGCGAAAUACAUGGAUUCACGGUCGAGCUUUACCCGCUUCGCGUUCAAGAUGCAUGAUGCUCCCAGAGGUAUUAGUGUUGAAGCGAGCACCGCCUCGCAUCGUAGCACGAGCAAAAUUUCCGUACAAGCAAAUAAUGAUACCGAUGAAAACGGGCCAAACUCCUGCCACUCUAAAGACAACAGCUCCACAGCAGAUCGGUUGCCCACUCGAAAUCCGGGAAUGGGUCCGUGA